UUCACUUAACUCUCUCAUACAUUAUAAAACCCUUCUCCUACUUCCUCCUCUUACUUCAAACUAAUUCUUCCCAAUUCUUCACACAAAAUAUCAAAUUUUACAAACUCUUACGUACUCAUAUCAAUCCAAACAAAAACAAUGAUUCCGGCCGAAGUCACCGGAUAUUUCCAAUAUCUAUCGCCGGAAUACAACGUAAUAAACAUGCCUUCAUCUCCAACCUCAUCCUUAAACUACUUAAACGAUUUGAUCAUCAACAACAACAACUAUUCCUCAUCAUCCAACAGUCAAGAACUCAUGAUAAGCAACAACUCAGCUUCCGACGAAGAUCAUCACCAAAGCAUCAUAAUACUCGACGAGAGGAAACAGAGAAGGAUGCUUUCAAACAGAGAAUCCGCAAGGAGGUCGAGGAUGAGGAAACAGAGACAUCUUGACGAACUCUGGUCUCAGGUGAUUAGGCUUCGCAACGAGAACAACUGUCUUAUCGAUAAGCUGAACCGCGUGUCGGAGACUCAAGAUAGUGUAUUGAAGGAGAACUCCAAACUCAAAGAAGAAGCUUCUGAUCUUCGAAAGCUUGUUUGUGAACUGAAAUCUAACAAGAACAACGACAACAGUUUUCAAAGAGCGUUUGAAGAUAACUAGUAUGUCUCAUCUGAAGGGCAGAGAUUUUGAGUUUGGGUUUUGGUUGUUAAUUUCUCGAAUAAAUUAAAUAUUUGGUAACGUCGAUAUUUAAUAUUAUAAACAUAAUAUAUAUGUAUUGAAGUUAAAUAAUCUAACUUAGUUCUUGAGCAUA